UUAAUUAUUUGCAACCCAAAAUGACAUCCCAAAACAUAACGUUGCUUAUUCAGCGAUUUCGCCGUCGCCAAGGGACUGGAGGCGUGAGGGUAAUAGCAGUCCGGAGAGGUGAAGUAGAAGGGCCCAACCUGGUACUUGACGAGGCCGCUCUGGAGGGCGGAGGGGUGGUGGUGCGGAUCACAUAUCCGUUUAGUAUCUCUCCCUUUUCUUUUUCUUUACUUUUUGGUCGUUUGUCGCACCACACCAGUCAUGAGCACUCUCCGAUACUCAACUCCGCCUUUGCCCGACUUCGAAAGCCGUUCGAGAACACCUUGGAUCUCAAAUCUGGUGACUUCUGCACAUCGGACCUUAAAUCUGGGGAUGAUGCGAAGUCAUCAUCGUCGAGGAAACAUCGCCAUGAAUUUCACUCAUGACUCUGGUUCAAAUAUGGAUAAUGCUGAUGCUGAAAAGUCUGACAUAUAUAGCAAUGACAUGUCAAAAGCAAUGGGUUCCGUGAUGACCUAUAGGCAUGAGCUUGGAAUGAACUAUAAUUUCAUAUACCCUAGCAUGAUAAUUGGUUCUUGUCUACAGACUCCACAAGACGUCGAUAAACUUCGCAAAAUUGGAGUGAGAACUAUCUUCUGCUUGCAGCAAAACCCAGAUCUUGAAUAUUUUGGGGUGGAUAUUAGUGCCAUCCGUGAAUAUGCCUUCAAAUGUGGUGAUAUUGAGCAUAUUCGGGCUGAAAUUAGGGAUUUUGAUGCAUUUGACCUGAGGAUCAGACUUCCUGCAGUUGUUAGCAAAUUAUACAAGGCUAUUAAGCGCAACCGUGGAGUAACUUAUGUUCAUUGUACAGCUGGGCUUGGAAGAGCACCUUCUGUCAUGUUGGCAUAUAUGUUUUGGAUUGAGGGCUAUAAGCUAAAUGAAGGUCACCAACUACUGCAGAGUCGGCGAGUAUGCUUCCCAAAGUUGGAUGCAAUAAAAAGUGCAACAAUUGAUAUGCUUACAGGACUAUCUAAGAGCUCUGUCACUCUUAUGUGGAAAGGUGGUGGAUGUUCCUCAGUAGAGAUUUCUGGACUUGAUGUUGGAUGGGGGCAGAAAAUUCCUCUGACGUUCAACGAGGAACAAGGGGUGUGGAUUCUUGAGAAGGAAUUAAAUGAGGGACACUACGAGUACAAGUAUAUAAUUGAUGGUCAAUGGAUGUGCAAUGAAAAUGAGUUGAUGACUUUUCCAAAUAGUGACGGUCAUGUAAACAACUAUGUUGAAAUUGUCAAAAGGGACAUGAGUACUGAGGCAAUGGAUCUAAGCAACCGUUUAGAAAACAAAGACCCUGACCUUAAAAAGGAGGAAAGACAGAUGAUCAGAGACUUAUUUGAAUCCUUUAAUGACUAGCCACCAAUUCAGUCUUCUUUUUCUGGAUAAGAAUUUUACUUUCCCUUCAGGUGUCACCAAUGCAAAUUUGCCAAUAUACCAGGCACAGUCAGAUUCACUACUGUGCAUUUGAGUAUCAGUGGCACCAAGAUGCAUUGACAUAAACAUUUGUAUAGGUUUGAAGACAUCUCAAUUUUGCAGACUUUUUCUCAAUAGAAGCACAAUAAAUUGUUUCA